AUGAAUGAAGUACAAAUCAUAUUUUACAAAAAAAAAAAUGGAAUUGAAAUACAGUACUUACGGAAUUUUUUCAAAAAUAAAAUAUUUUCAAUAAAAACAGACAGCGCACAACGGCUUUAUCGAAGCGUUGUUUGCGUAAAUGCGCAAUUGUUAGGUGAAGGGAAAAUUACAGUCAAGACUCUAGUCGUAAAAAAUUUCAAAGAGCAGCACACGGCGGAUAAUUUAAAGCAAUUAAUUUUGGAGGCAUUGGAAAGAUAUGAAAUUAAUAUUGAGCAAAUAUACAGUAUCACCAGCGACAACGGUCGAAAUAUGGUCAAGUGUGGUUCCCUUUUACAAGUCGAUAAUGAAAAUGAAGAAAGUACAAAUAUAUUAGAUUUUGACUCUGAUGAUGACGAAGGCGAUCAUAUUGAUUGUAACGUGCGAUACCAUUUUUGAUGAUCCACAGUUCGACGAUUGUAUGACCUCUCACCUCAGUAAGUCCAAGUAAUCAAUUACCUCUCAAUACCAUGAUAAAAAUACUAUGAGGUAAAACCAUGCCAAAUAAAAUAAUUUUAAAAUUCAUUUUUUUAUCAUGCCCAAUACGUUAUACUGUGCGGCACUCCAAAAUACAUGGGAAGUGAUGUUAUUUUUUGUUGUAGGUCUUGUCAAAUAAAACAAGAAUCGAAAUAUGAAAUUUGCCGAACACCUCCAAAAAUCUUGACUUAUGGUCAAAACCCAGUUUUUAGUACCUUACUCGACAAGGCAUACAAGAAAAUUUACAUCACUUCCCAGGUAUUUCUACUUCAUUCUUCU